AUGCCUUGUAUGUUCUUUGCCUACGACGCGUGCACUGCUGGUGACAAGUGUGAGUACAGCCACGACAAGGACAACAUGUACAAAGGUCCAAAGCCAAGAAAGCUCAAAAGUUCGUCAGCCGGAGCUGCGUCAGUUCUAGCAGGAGCGGCUUUUGCGUCUGCCAUCCCAACCUCAGAGGCAUCCAUCCCAGAAGGAGGCCACGCUGCCCAAGAUGGGAAAGGUAGCCCAGUGCAGGAUGGGAAGGUGAAAGAUGAUUUGCCAAGAGCCCAGCCACGACUGAAGACUUUGAUCCGAAAGCAGUUGGACCGAGCAAGCCGCAACCUCAGAAGGAAUACCGUUUUCAAAGGUAGUGCCUUGCAAAAGGUUUUCACAACAGUGAUGACGGCCAUGGCUAUGUUGGACCCGUGUUCUUCAAACAAUGCGUUAUCCAGUCCCGUUGUGGGCAGUGAUGGAACGACUUUUGACAUGGAGUUCCUUGUCGAUAGUGGCGCAGGUAGAAACCUAAUUGCAAAAAGGGAUUUACCUGAGGAAGUGCAUUCGCACUUCGCCGAUGCUCCGGAGAAGCUUAGGUUUUCCACAGGUGGUGGCCCGCGCUCAGGUACAAAGGCCGUUCGCAUGAAAGGCAAUUUCCUAGGAGUGAACUACUUCUACUCGCUGAACCAAUGCCCACCGGCAGUGUCAUUAGGUAUCCAAGUCAACCAACAUCGUAAACCGUUUGUUUGGAUGCCAGACGAGCUGCCUUACUUUUUCAAGCCGGAUAGGAUUGGGGAUAUGACUUUGUAUUGCCCGACCUCAGCAAAGAUACCGGUAGACAGAGUUGUAGAGAAUGUUCCAAUCAUCCGGGAAAGAGUUACGUGCGGAGGCCUCCCAGCUGCCCCAUCGCCAGGAAGCUCCUCUAAAGGCGCAGCACCUGCAGAGCAUGAUCCGCUGAGAAGCCUUGUGAUAGAUGAAGUUCCUCCAAAGCCUCCUGAACCUUCAUCUUCUUCCUCGGAUCCGAAGCACAUCCGACGACGUCACAUCACAAAGGAAGCAGCCAGACCGGAAGACCCAAAGGACCCAAGAGGCCCAGCAGCCCUACGUCCUGAAGGUCUACGGCUAAAACCGGACCGGUCAUUGCCCAACUUUGGGACGGAUGAUGAACUGUCCCUAUGUGAUGCCUCAGUAGCCACUGAAGCAGAUGCCCCAAUAGACAGCGAUGACAAUGAGGAGUGGACACCAAGUCUUCGCGAAAGAUUAAUCGCAGAGUCCAAAACCUUAAGCCAUCAGAUGACGCAUUUUCCCAAAAACAGGUACUGCAGCAUCUGUAGACGUGCCAAAAUGACUGGCAAAGUCCAUAGGGCUAAGGUUGAAGAAGACCCCGAAGAAACUCCACCGUUGCAUUUCGGGCAUAGGCUAAGGGUUGAUCAUAUCGUCCUAGGGCAAGAUUUGACCAAAGGGUCGGAAGGUGAACAGGCUUGCCUCAUUGCGUAUGAUGAAUACAGCGGAUGUGUGUCAGCAUUCUCACAAACAUCGAGGACUACCGACAACAACAUCGCAGCGUUGCAGAAGUUUGGAGGUACAAGAGCGCAUGGUAGAGCAUUGUGUGCAGUGAAAUCCGAUUGCGCUCAAGAGCUCACUGAAGCUGUGAAGUUCCUGGGAUGGCUACCAGAACCAGGUAUCCCCAAUGACCCAUUCCAUAAUGCUCAACUAGAAAGGUUGAUUAGAAGCAUUAAGGAAGGAACUAGAGCAGCACAGUUAGCAGCAGGGUUUCCUCAUGCCCUGUGGCCUCGUGCGACAGAAUACUUCUGUGUCGCCAGGUCCUUCACAAAUCCCGUACCAGUGCACGCUAACGAUACUCCUGAAACCGUAGCGUUUAAAGAGGGCAAGACAUGCUACGAAGCCGCUAAUGGAGGGAAUGCCUUCGAUGGACACAGAAUUCCUCUAGGCGCGUUGGUGUACUACAAGCCACCUCACCACAAAGAGCUUCCUGCUUUUCAGCCGAGAGCGAUUCCAGGCAUAUUUUGUGGCUGGCGCAUGGAUUCAGGAUUCAAGUUCAGAGGGGUGCACUUGGUGUUGGAUUAUGAAGCGUUGAGGACAGAUGCGAAAGGUUGCGGUAGGCCAAUUCAGGUUCACGCAACUGAAAUGGUGGCCCCUGAGACUUUCAUCUUUCCUUUGCAAGAAGCCCUAAACGAGAAGCUUGCGCUUUUCAGGCCAACCGCAGAUUUGAAAGCGAUUGAAUCUAGGGAAGCUUUGCCUUUCGAAAAGGGUGCCCCUGAGGCAAAGCCUCGAGUCAGGCGUACGUAUGUUACCUUGGACAGAGCGCUUAAGUUUGGGACAACUGUCGGGUGCAAGGGUUGUGACAGAAUAGCCGAAGGGGUAAAACAUUCAGACGCAUGCCACGAACGUUUCCGAAAGUUACUUGAGGACGAGGCUUUAGCAAAAGCAGCUAGGGACAAAGAGAGGGCAAAACCUUCUGCCCCGUCAGCUCCGUCCUUUGAACCUCCACCAUCAGUCCCGCCAGACGUUCCAAAUCCGCCAGUGCCAGGUGCAGCCGGAAGAGUUUCCAUAGAGGCCUUUAGCUGCCCAGGAACCACUUCCCAGCACUUUGCAAAUGAGCACGAACUGGAUUACUGGGAGUUUGAUAAGGAUAAGAUAGCUUGGAAACGUGUGCACGUCAAACCGCGCAAGCGUUUGUACACCCCUGCAGAGUUAGACACCAUGAAAGCAAACGCUUCGGAGCAGUUGAGAAGAUCACCUGCCAAGGGGGCUGCAGCAGUGGCGUCAAUCCUUCAAGACAUCGAGACAAUGCAUCCAACUUGCAAGGCCAUGAUUGCAGAAGCCAGUGAGGCUGCCAAGCAAGUGCCGCAGGGAUUGCCGUAUCGCAACCAUCUCCUCCGACAAGUUGGUAGCGAAACAAUGUUCGAGUUCUGCUGCGAUGAAGAUUCCACAUUGGGCCAAGUCAACGAAGAAUUCGGAAUCAACCACUUUCGUCUCACUGAAAAGAACUCAAACGUUGAAGAUCCAAAGCAGGUGGAGUCAUUGAAAAAGCUUGUAGUGUUGAGUCAAGGGGGCCAUGUUGCCUUCGAGUGGCCAAAGAAUGCAGCUGGUUGGGCGCUGCCAGAGUUGAUCGCUUUCAUCAAGCGACACAACUUGUAUGAAGCAAGAGAGCACUCCUCGCUCUUUCAGUCCUCUUACUUCUUCAAGAAAACCGGCCUCUUACUCACCUUGUACGUAGAUGAUAUUGUGCUAAGCGGUCCCGAAUGUGCGCAUGAUGCAUUCUGGGCUGAAGUCCAAUCCCACCUUGAGAUAGAACCGCCAUCUCCUGUGGACAGAGUGUUAGGCAGAAAGCACCUGAUUGAGAGAAACCAGUCAGGUACAACGAUGCGCUAUGACAUGUCUGACUACUGUGCCAACGCAUGCAGACUGUACGAAGAUUUGUCAAAGCGUCCUCUCAAACCUGCCAGCACACCUUUUGUUCCAGAUGGCUCUAUUCUCGCAUCAGAUUGGGAGAGCAAAGGAGCUUUGGCCUCAGAAGCGUCCAGAGUGUUAAUGAAAACACUUUGGUUAGCAAGACUAUCGCGUCCUGACUUAAUGAAAGGGAUAUCUGACUUGACGCGCCGCGUAACGCGAUGGUCCGUCGCGGACGAUAAAAAGUUGCGCAGGCUGAUGUCAUACCUGAAAGGUACCCCAAACCUGUCGGUUGUUCACAAAAUGGGAGACGCCUUUGAAGAUUUGCACUUGAGUCUUUACACCGAUGCAGAUCACUCAGGCGACGUUGACCAUGCUCAGUCCACCAGCGGCAUGAUCUUAUGCCUAGAGGGAGAAAACACCUACUGGCCUUUGGCUUGGAGCAGCAAAAAGCAAACAGCCACAUCCAGGAGCACCACAGAGGCAGAAAUCAUGUCGCUAAGUUCUGGGGUAUUUGGCGAAGCCUUACCAGCUCAAGAGUUCCUGGAAACUCUCACUGGGAAGGAAGCUAAGCUGGUAUGCCAUCAAGACAAUAGUGCUGUCAUCCAAAUCGUCCAUGCCGGGUACUCGCCCAAGUUGCGACACGUCAGCAAGACUCAUCGAGUGAACUUGUCUUCGCUCUACGAAGUCUUUGAGUCAGAUCCGUUAAUCCGCCUUCAGUACAUAAACACUGAACUUCAAAAGGCGGACGUUUUCACCAAAGCACUUCCUCCUGCCAAGUUCCCUGCAGCUUUAAAGCUCCUCCGAAUGGAGAGCUGA